UGGAUUCCUUUCCUGUGGUCUGUGAUUGGAAGCUUACGGGCCCCUGACAUGUCCUCCUGAUCUUAUUUUCUCGUCGGGAUCUCACGCCAGAGCACGGAUGGAGAGCAGUGGAGCAGACUGGAGCCACUGCCCCUGACCAUGUAGAUUCCAGCUCUGGGAGCAGCAUGGGCCUCGCUGAAUGGAGACUUCUGGGUCUGCAGCCCUGAGCCCCUCUGGCCCCUGGACCUUGCCCCGCAUUUGGGGACAUCCCUUGGAGCUCACCACUGCUAUUGCCAGCCCACCUCAGCCGCCGCCUCCCCCUGGGACCAGGAGUCGGCCGCCUGGAGCUGCAGCAGUCCAGUGAGGUGUGCUGAGGACAGCUACACACGCCCUCCCAGAAUCCUGGUGUCCAGUGCUGACUCUCAGGCCCACCCCACGCAGGGACUUCAGCAGACAUGGGUGAUAUGACCAACAGUGACUUUUACUCCAAAAACCAAAGAAAUGAGUCAAGCCAUGGGGGUGAGUUCGGGUGUACUAUGGAGGAGCUCCGCUCCCUCAUGGAGCUGCGGGGCACAGAGGCCGUGGUCAAGAUCAAGGAAACGUAUGGGGACACUGAAGCCAUCUGCCGGCGCCUCAAGACCUCACCUGUUGAAGGUUUGCCGGGUACUACUCCAGACCUGGAAAAAAGAAAGCAGAUUUUCGGGCAAAACUUUAUACCUCCAAAGAAGCCAAAAACCUUCCUGCAGCUUGUGUGGGAAGCGCUGCAGGAUGUGACACUCAUCAUCCUGGAAAUCGCGGCCAUCAUCUCUCUAGGACUGUCCUUCUACCACCCGCCUGGCGAGAGCAAUGAAGGAUGUGCAACAGCCCAGGGCGGGGCUGAGGAUGAAGGAGAGGCAGAAGCAGGGUGGAUUGAGGGGGCCGCUAUCCUCCUCUCGGUCAUCUGCGUGGUGUUGGUCACGGCCUUUAAUGACUGGAGCAAAGAGAAACAGUUCCGGGGCCUGCAGAGCCGCAUUGAGCAGGAACAGAAGUUCACCGUGGUCCGGGCCAGCCAGGUGGUCCAGAUCCCCGUGGCUGAAAUCGUGGUUGGGGACAUCGCUCAGAUCAAAUACGGUGACCUCCUCCCUGCUGAUGGCCUCUUCAUCCAAGGCAAUGACCUCAAGAUCGAUGAGAGCUCCCUGACAGGGGAGUCGGACCAGGUGCGCAAAUCUGUGGACAAGGACCCCAUGCUGCUGUCAGGGACCCAUGUGAUGGAGGGCUCGGGACGGAUGGUGGUGACUGCCGUGGGUGUGAACUCUCAGACUGGCAUCAUCUUUACCCUGCUGGGCGCUGGGGGCGAAGAGGAAGAAAAGAAAGACAAAAAAGGUGUGAAGAAGGGGGAUGGCCUUCAGCUACCAGCGGCAGACGGUGCAGCAGCCUCAAAUGCUGUAGAUAGUGCAAAUGCCAGCCUAGUCAAUGGUAAAAUGCAGGAUGGCAAUGUGGACGCCAGCCAGAGCAAAGCCAAACAGCAAGAUGGGGCAGCUGCCAUGGAGAUGCAGCCUCUCAAGAGCGCUGAAGGUGGCGAUGCCGAUGACAAGAAGAAGGCCAACAUGCACAAGAAGGAGAAGUCCGUCCUGCAGGGCAAGCUCACCAAGCUGGCUGUGCAGAUCGGAAAGGCAGGCCUGGUGAUGUCAGCCAUCACAGUGAUCAUCCUGGUGCUCUACUUCACCGUGGACACCUUUGUGGUGAACAAGAAGCCGUGGCUGCCCGAGUGCACGCCUGUGUAUGUGCAGUACUUCGUCAAGUUCUUCAUCAUUGGCGUGACGGUGCUGGUGGUCGCCGUGCCCGAGGGCCUCCCCCUGGCUGUCACCAUCUCCCUGGCCUACUCGGUGAAGAAAAUGAUGAAGGACAACAACCUGGUCCGCCACCUGGACGCCUGUGAGACCAUGGGCAACGCCACGGCCAUCUGCUCGGACAAGACGGGCACGCUCACCACCAACCGCAUGACCGUUGUGCAGGCCUACGUGGGUGACGUCCACUACAAGGAGGUCCCUGACCCCAGCUCCAUCAAUGCCAAGACCAUGGAGCUGCUGGUCAAUGCCAUCGCAAUCAACAGCGCCUAUACCACCAAGAUCCUGCCCCCAGAGAAGGAGGGUGCCCUGCCCAGGCAGGUGGGCAACAAGACGGAGUGUGGCCUGCUGGGCUUUGUGCUGGACCUAAAGCAGGACUAUGAGCCUGUGCGCAGCCAGAUGCCAGAGGAGAAGCUGUACAAAGUGUAUACUUUCAACUCCGUGCGCAAGUCCAUGAGCACCGUCAUCAAGAUGCCCGAUGAGAGCUUCCGCAUGUACAGCAAGGGUGCUUCUGAGAUCGUGCUCAAGAAGUGCUGCAGAAUAUUGAGUGGGGCAGGUGAGCCCCGGGUCUUCCGGCCUCGAGACCGGGAUGAGAUGGUGAAGAAGGUGAUUGAGCCCAUGGCCUGUGAUGGGCUUCGCACCAUCUGCGUGGCCUAUCGCGACUUCCCCGGCAACCCCGAGCCCGACUGGGACAAUGAGAAUGACAUCCUCAGUGACCUCACGUGCAUCUGUGUGGUGGGCAUCGAGGACCCCGUGCGACCUGAGGUCCCUGAAGCCAUCCGCAAGUGCCAGCGGGCAGGCAUUACGGUCCGCAUGGUCACUGGUGACAAUAUCAACACGGCCCGAGCCAUCGCCAUCAAGUGUGGUAUCAUCCAUCCUGGGGAGGACUUCCUGUGCCUGGAGGGCAAAGAGUUCAACCGGAGGAUCCGCAACGAGAAGGGGGAGAUUGAGCAGGAGCGAAUUGACAAGAUCUGGCCAAAGCUGCGAGUGCUGGCUCGCUCUUCCCCCACGGACAAGCACACCCUGGUCAAAGGCAUCAUCGACAGCACACACACGGAGCAGCGGCAGGUGGUGGCCGUGACUGGGGACGGGACCAACGAUGGACCUGCACUUAAGAAGGCUGAUGUGGGCUUCGCCAUGGGCAUUGCAGGCACUGAUGUGGCCAAAGAGGCCUCAGACAUCAUCCUCACAGACGACAACUUCAGCAGCAUUGUGAAGGCCGUGAUGUGGGGCCGCAACGUCUACGACAGCAUCUCCAAGUUCCUGCAGUUCCAGCUGACGGUCAACGUGGUGGCUGUGAUUGUGGCCUUCACAGGUGCCUGCAUCACACAGGACUCCCCUCUGAAGGCUGUGCAGAUGCUCUGGGUUAACCUCAUUAUGGACACCUUCGCCUCCCUGGCGCUGGCCACCGAGCCACCCACCGAGACUCUGCUGCUGCGGAAGCCUUACGGCCGCAACAAGCCCCUAAUCUCUCGCACCAUGAUGAAAAACAUCCUGGGCCACGCCGUCUACCAGCUCACCCUCAUCUUCACGCUGCUCUUCGUCGGCGAGAAGAUGUUCCAGAUCGACAGCGGGAGGAACACGCCAUUACACUCACCACCCUCCGAGCACUACACCAUCAUUUUCAACACCUUCGUCAUGAUGCAGCUCUUCAACGAGAUCAAUGCCCGCAAGAUCCACGGCGAGCGCAACGUCUUCGAUGGCAUUUUCCGGAACCCCAUCUUCUGCACCAUCGUGCUGGGCACUUUUGCCAUUCAGAUAGUGAUUGUGCAGUUUGGAGGGAAACCAUUCAGCUGCUCCCCGUUGCAGCUGGACCAGUGGAUGUGGUGCAUAUUCAUCGGGUUAGGAGAGCUGGUCUGGGGCCAGGUUAUCGCUACCAUCCCAACAAGCAGGCUCAAGUUUCUGAAGGAGGCAGGCCGGCUCACGCAGAAAGAGGAGAUCCCUGAGGAGGAGCUCAACGAGGAUGUGGAGGAGAUAGACCACGCAGAGCGGGAGCUGCGCCGUGGCCAGAUCCUGUGGUUCCGGGGCCUGAACCGCAUCCAGACACAGAUUGAAGUAGUCAAUACUUUCAAGAGCGGGGCCUCCUUUCAGGGUGCCCUGCGGAGACAGUCCUCGGUCACCAGCCAGAGCCAGGAUGUAGCCAAUCUCUCUAGCCCUAGUCGCGUGUCGUUGUCCAAUGCUCUUUCCUCUCCGACCAGCCUUCCUCCUGCUGCAGCUGGGCGUGAAGGGCUAGAGAACCCUGGACACAGAGUUCAGCAAGAGAGAGUGAAAUUAAAAGAGAUCCGCGUCGUGAAAGCCUUCCGUAGCUCUCUCUAUGAAGGGUUAGAAAAGCCCGAGUCUCGAACCUCCAUCCAUAAUUUCAUGGCUCAUCCUGAAUUCCGGAUCGAAGAUUCGCAGCCCCACAUCCCCCUCAUCGAUGACACGGACCUGGAAGAAGAUGCCGCCCUCAAGCAGAACUCAAGCCCGCCGUCAUCGCUCAACAAGAACAACAGCGCCAUCGACAGCGGGAUCAACCUGACGACCGACACGAGCAAAUCAGCUACCUCUUCGAGUCCAGGGAGCCCCAUCCACAGCCUGGAGACGUCGCUUUAGCUGAGGACCUGCCCGCUGGCGGCCCUCACGGACCCACUCCCACCUGCCUCCUGGGCACCCUCCAGUCCCCCUCUCACCCACGCAGCAGGAGCAACAAGGAAACCAAACAAUGGAGAGAAAACCGGGCGUUUCCACCCACAGACCCCUUCCCUGGCUGCGAUGCUGUUUGAACUCUUUUUCACUUGGAGGCAGGGGGCGGACUUCGCCUGGGAGCAUCGGGAGCAA